AUGUCGGCGCCAGAAAGCUCAACAAACGGUGCGAACGGAUCGGUAGCCUCGGCGCAGGCUGCCGUCUUUGUCCAGUCGCAGCCACUGCCUGCCGACACUCCUCAGGUGGUCGGACCGGACUUUGAACAUCAGGACCCGAAUGACCUCGUAGCUCUGCUCGAGAGCAUGUCCAAGGUCGGGUUCCAGGCGAGCGGGGUCUCGAAAGCGAUAGAGAUCAUCGAAGAGAUGCGUUCAUGGCGGCUCUCGACGGACGCUGCUUACCUCGCCAACACUGAUCCGGACAAGCCAAGUCCAGAAGAAGCUCAGAACACACAAUGCCGCAUUUUCCUCGGCUUCACAUCAAAUCUCGUAUCAUCUGGGUUGCGGGAGGUCAUCAAGUUCCUGGUCAAGAACAAGAUGGUGUCGGCGCUAGUGACCACAGCAGGCGGCAUCGAAGAGGAUCUCAUCAAGUGUCUUGGACCAACGUAUCUCGGCGACUUUGUUCUGGACGGUGCUACGCUGCGCAAGCAAGGACUCAACCGCAUCGGCAAUCUACUCGUACCCAACGACAACUACUGCAAGUUCGAAGACUGGGUCGUGCCCAUCCUCGAUGCUAUGCGUGCAGAGCAAGGAGAUGACAUUUCCAACGCAUGGUCCCCAAGCCGCGUCAUCGAGAGGCUAGGAAAGGAGAUCAACGACGAGAGCAGCGUUCUCUACUGGGCAGCCAAGAACGAGAUUCCCGUCUUUUGCCCAGCUCUCACCGACGGCAGUCUCGGCGACAUGAUCUACUUUCACUCGUACAAAAACCCAGGGCUGACCAUCGACUUGGUCAAGGACAUUCGCCGACUCAACGACCUCUCGGUCAAGGCGCCCAAAGCAGGCAUGAUCAUCUUGGGCGGUGGUGUCUGCAAGCACCAGAUUGCCAACGCCAUGCUCUUCCGAAAUGGCGCCGACUUUAGCGUCUACAUCAACACUGGUCAGGAGUUUGACGGAUCCGACUCGGGAGCCAGGCCGGACGAGGCGGUGAGCUGGGGCAAGAUCAAGUCGGCAGCCAACGGCGGCAAGAACGUCAAGGUCUACUGCGAUGCUACCAUUAUCUUCCCCAUGAUCGUCGCAGCUACCUUUGGCAAGGCCUUCUGGGCUGCCAAGAAGAUUGCCGCCUAG